CAUAUAUGAUGCACCAAAGGCUAUCUCUAUUAUAGUAAAAAGCUAAGCGUUGUUCACGGUUUUUGUAGAGUGAUCGAAGUUUAAGUAGCGUUUUGGCUAAUAAACGUUUCUACGUAAACUGCGUUUUGUUGGCGCUCGGAAGGGUGGCAGAUGUGAGGUGUAGGGCGUCGGGCGGGCAGUCUCGCGUCAGGCGCCGCGCCGCCCGGUUCCAACGCCUAAUAAAUGCCGAGAACUUGCUAUUCGGACGUAUACCUGCUGUCUAUUUAUUCCCCAAACACUACUUUGUUCCAGUUGUCUAUUUCAUUCCUUAACAAUUGAAGUGGUGCAAUUAUAUGACGAAGUUAUUAUUUAAAGAAAUCAAAGGUGGUUUUUGUAGGACCAUGAAGUCGGCGCGACUCAAUGCGCAAAACUCGUAACAUAACCAAAAAUUUGCUUAAAUACUGUAUUUUUUAUCUUUACUCCAUACUACCAAUGAAAGAUUAGAUACUUUGAAGAUUUAGUUAAACUUCUCUAUACUAUAACUUGAAGUUUAAUAAGUGUGAGUAGUUCUAUUUAACUUGUAACGUGACAAGCAAUGUGUUAAGUGUGCACAUUUUUGCGUGGUUUUCGUGUUUCGUCAAAGCGUACGCGCAUGCAGGGGCGCGCGGGCGCCGGCCCGGGCGGGCUUUGCUCGCACCCGCGCGCCCUGCCGCCCGUAUUACCGCCGCCGCCGCAAUUUGCUUCUGAACAAGACGAGAUGCCAGCCAACCAAAUUGCACAGGUGAUAGCGUUAAUAUGCGGUCUCCUUGUGGUGAUACUCAUGGUGUUAGGCCUGGCGUCAGCCGACUGGUUAAUGGCGGCUGGCUGGAGACAAGGCCUGUUCAUGCACUGUAUAGAUCCAGAGGCUCCCACACCACUUCCCUUCGACAUUACAGCACAGCCUGGUUGCUACGCUGCGAGGCCCGCGCCAUACAUCAAGGCUGCGGCGGGGCUGUGCGUGGCGACGCUCGCGGCGGACGUGUGCGGCGCGCUGCUCACGGGGCUCGGCCUCCGCUCGGCCGACCACCGCACUAAGUUCCGCUACUACCGGUUCGCGGUGCUCGCCAUGUCACUUGCGCUGAUGUGCAUCUUAAUAGCGCUCGUCAUAUACCCAGUAUGCUUCGCCGCAGAAUUGAAUCUGGGUAACAGGUCGGUGUGGGAGUUCGGAUGGGCGUAUGGCGUAGGUUGGGGCGCUGCCAUCUUCCUGUUCGGAGCCGUCGUGCUGCUGCUGUGCGACAAGGAGAGCGAAGAGCUCUACUACAAGGAGCGGAAAGUGGUGAGCGGGGAGGGCGGCGGACGCCCCUAGGGCCGCGGGCGCCUGCCCGACCUCGUGCCGUGAGCGCGCUAGCGAACACACGCACCACACCUCACUCCGCCCACAAACCACACACUCUGAACACUCAUCGACGAUUGUACGACGAUCAAUUACUAAGUUAAUCGUUUCGUUUCGAAUCAUUCGGUUGGGGCUGCGACUUCCCGUUUAAAAGAUUUUUCUUAUAUUUUACUGUAAGUUAAACUCUCCGUCUAAACGACGUUAUUCGGAAUUUGGCAUAUCAUUUUAAAGUUAAUUAAAAAUUUAGCCGACUAUGUACCGUUAAGUUUUUACGAAAAAAUACAAUUAAAUUGCGGUGUGGUUUAAAUUAAAGUGCAAUUUUGGUGGAAUGGAAACUUAUAUUGUCGUUUUUAGCUUAUAAGCUUGUCCAGACUGUAUUGAGUGUGGCUUUCUGUGUGGCUGGGGUGCAAGCUGAAAACGCAAAGGUAGUCCUGGACGAUUUACAAUGUCUGCUAGGAUUCCGCUCGGAUAGUGUUCGACUCGAAUAUUUUAUUUCUGAAGUUAUUGCUCCUAUUGAGCUGAAUUGUAUUAUUUUAUACGUUGGCGUAUAAUGGCCAUAAUUUAAUAAAACAAAUAUAAUAUAAAUAAUGUGCCUCAAAAAUUAUAAAUUCUCUCAGUUCAAAUUGAUUUGUUUUACAUUAAUUUAAUUUGUGUUUUGUAAAAAUAAUCUAUAAAAAAGUGAAUCUCACGGGUAAUUAAAUUGAACAAUAUAAUAUACGGAAUCUCAACACAAGUUUUAGUGGCGUCGGAAUUAAGUAAAUGAUACGUAUAAGAGUGAGAAUCGCCUCUCGGCCAUAUUUUAUUAACUUUUUAGUUUUAAUAUUAAAUUAGGGCGUCGUCGUUUCGUUUCGAGCUGGCUCGCGAGCUCUCCCGCGACGGGCGGAACGCAUUCAAAGUCAUUCCGUACUCGCGUACCUCGAAUGUAAACCGUUCCAAAGAGCGUCGCUUUUAUUUAUUCGCUUUAAGUUAUUCGUCGUAGUGUGUACGUUUAGUGGAGUAGUGGUCGGUCGAUAUGCAUUAUCCGUGAGGGGCGUGGCGUGUGGUGUGGCGGUAGUGGCGGCGGACGAGGCGCGCGAGGCGCUCGGGCAGGCGUGGACCUGCGAGUAGUGUUACUGCACAAUUAGUGUUACGUGUGAAUGGACUCCGCUGAUGAGUUUUACGGGCUAUGACUACUGAGAUAUUUAAAGGAAUUAAUCGUACUCUUAAGAAGUUACCCUCUACCGCGGUCCGCGGCGCAUUGAACCGUGUGACUUAUAUUUUUGUCGUAUUUUAAUGAAGUAGGUAUGCGUGUGUGCCGAUCUUUCGGUGAUUAUUUUUUAAUGACCAGUUUUCCGUUUGUUUUUAUUCGGAUGAUGACUGUUUUGGAAUUGAAAUUUAUUUCAUGAUAAUCUCUAUAUUUUCUUAAUACUUAUUGAUGUAAUGGUUUGUAAGAAGAAUACCUGUAAUUACUCAGUAAUGAUUAGUUAAUAGUAAUGUUAUGUAAACAAUGUAAUGAUUAAGAAGUGAAUUUUAUCAAUUAAUAGUUUCUUUUUUUUUUAUUUAGUUACGUUUUAGUAAAGAACUGAGUAUUUUAAGCGAUUGUGGAGGUAGUUUCCAUUUCAGCUUUUGUAUGUGUUUACUUGGUUAUGGCUUUAAUUCAACAAAUUUACUGAUUUCGUUUAUUUAUUAUUUUUUUUUAAUAUUGUUAAUGUAUUUUUGUCUUUAAAUAUUGAAUAUGUAAGUUUAAGCAAAUAAGUGUCUCAUAACAUUGUUAGAUUGUCUUGUCAUUCCAGUCGAUUUAAAUACCUUAUAGAAUCCUUCUCUAUUCUUAACGCAGGUCAUCAUAAUUAUUUUAUCUGACGGCCUUAUUUAUAAAUGUAAUUAAUCGGCUGUUUAAGCAACAAUGCCUCUGUGUCCGCCAUCACUGUCUUUUUCUUUCGAAUGUCAAUUAAAUAAUGAAAGAAAGAGAAAAAUAAGUUUUCAACAAAACGCCCGCUAAACAGUUUAUGACUAAGGCCGUUAGUCUUCAAUAAUGUGCAUUUAAAUAAUCAAACUACAUUUGUAUUAAAGUAUUUUUAGACGUCAUUUGGCUUUAAAGAAUAUAUAAACGCCUAACUAACUCUUUAAACACAAAUCGUCGUGGAUAAUAGAUAUAUGGUUUUGUUUAGAUAAUAAGAAAUUCCAGAAAAUUCUCAAACUGUGUAUCUUUUUUUCAGCUCUCCCGAACCUAUGUAAAAGUUUCUCCCGAGUAAUAAGUAUUGUGUUGUAUGUGAUUAUUUUUUAAUUGAAUGUUGGGUCAACGUUGUAAAAUUAUUAGCACGAUAUUUGAUUGUGCUUAAUAAUAAUGAAUAUUUGAUUGUUAUCUCAAAUAGAAAACACACUGCCAAUGUUACAACUAGUAUUUUUUUUUUUGUCGGUCUACUUUAUCGUAAUGUAUUAAAUUAUCGUAACAGUAAGUGUAAAUGUCUUUGGCGUGGCCAGUAUUUGUCUGGCGGGUAGAACCCUCACUUAGCUGGCCUAAAGGAAUUCGUAACGUAAGGGAAUAUUUUUUAAUAAUGCUUGUGUUGUUAUUAAAAAGUUAGUAGUAAAAGUAUUUUAAGCUAAAAAAAAACACAUAUUUUGAUUUUCUCUUAUUGUCUUUUUUAUCUAUAUUUUGAUGUUUAAUUUAAAUUACCUCUGGGCAAAGCGAUAUAUGUCGUAAUAAUUCCGUUGGUUUAUAUUUUAAUUGUGCCAAAUUGAAUGACUUACGAAUUCUCUCUGCGCUCAUUUAUAGCAGCUCUGGGUUUCUAACUUCUUUCGCAAAGUCACGUAUCUUCUGACUCAUGUUAGUAAUUAAUGAUUCGUUAAAAUUUAUCUCUUAUAAGUGGUUUUAGUUUAUUUUGGAAUGGUCUUAUCGACCAAAACACGGUAAUUUUAUAUAUACAGUAUUCUAGGUUCAUACAAAUGUACGCACGGUUCACCACUGAACAAACGGUUUGACGAUUUUAUAAGCAGUAAGCGUGCGAUUUGUGAAUAUUUUAAAUGAAAUUAAUCUUGUAAUUGUAUUAAAUUUAGUGGCUUUUUUAUUAAAUCUUCUAAUCAAAAAAUACAUGUAUGUUGUUGUGUUUUUAUUAAUUUCAUUCACAACGAAUUUAUUUAUUUAUUAUAGCAAAACUAGAAGGAUACUCAAGUAUGUAGAUAAAAUAAAAAAAAAAUUGGGGCCCCGGGGCAUCUACCUAAUUAUUUCAACGACAGGGCAGAAUAUAUUCUGUAUAUAUAACAUUACCGUGACCAAGGUUCCCGCUGGCUACGUCAUUGGCUUUCGUAUUUAUUUAGUAAAGUUAAGAUUAUUAGAAAAUAUUUUUAUGUGCGCUUUAGAUAUCCUCCGGGGCAGAUAACAAAUUAUAUAUAAUGUCUGUUUUGUUUAUUACUUACCCUAUAGGUAUGUUUGUAUUUAUAGGAUUUUGCCAUUUAUUUCAAUUGUCCAAUUGUUAUAGAAGAAAAAAUUGUAUGUAUUUCCUUUUCAAAGUUGAAAACCAUAUCAAUGAGAUUAUUAAAUAAAGUACCUACAUA